AUGGACUCAGGAUCAUCCCAGGACCCAGAAUCAGAAUGGGAAUUUUACCAGGCUAUGGAGGUGCUGGGGUCGCCCAUUAGUGAGCCAGAACGCCUCCAACACACGCAAACCCCGGUUUCUUUACCAGAUCUCGUUAGAAGCUCGGCCACGACUGAGCUUCACCCGAGUUACGACAGCGACGAGGAUGGAUCACUGUUCAAAUUGCUCCAUUCUGAUCUUCGUGACUGGGCCUCGAUUUCUGAAAAGAAUAAAGGGAACGGUGAUUGCUCUCCAACUUUCGAGACCGGCUUGCCCGUACCAUCUCAGCGUCGAUUAGUGGUCCCUAUCCACCAGCAAUUCUCUAAAGAUGGCUUCUCCACUGGACCUCCUCAGACAGGUCGAUCGACACUACAAGUCACCAAAUCCACCGUUACGGGUAUCUCCACCCUUUCACCUUCGCCUGCAGUCACCAUCCUUAAACGGCCUCCGCAGAAUACUGAUAACAAGAUUCCUACCGACUCACACCCCAAAACCCCCGUGAACGCAAACACAUGCACCAAUCAUUCGAAAUCCAUGCCCAUUGCCAACACUAAGCUGAAAAAGAAACCUAAACAAGCCCGCAAGAACGAAAUUUCUGAAAGUGGUGCCGAAUUUGAGUCAGAUCCAAGUGUUUUAUUCGACUGCCCCCUCUUUAAAAAAUCGAAGGCACUGGCAUUUGUUCCGUUGCAAGUCGGCUCGCAUGACGUACGCAGUGGAGUUGAAGAUACGCCACCCUCUUCAUAUGAGGACGUCGUCGGUCCGUCUUUGGCUUCGGGCAAAGUCAAGGAUAACGAUGGCAUCUCACUUUCGGGUCCCAGACACAUCUAUUCGAGACAGAGGGAUGGGUUUGCGCAGCGUGUGUCUCUUAUCACCAUGCUUCUUAACAAAUACGAUGAUUACGCCCAACUUGUCUCCCAAAUGGGACGCCCUCAAGUCUUCAGUAACACUGUGGAGUCACGCCCUGUUCAUGUCUUCGUUGAUAUGUCUAAUAUCUUAGUGGGGUUCCACAAUACAGUAAAAUACGUGCGAAAAAUCCCCCAGCACGUUUCAAUCCGUCGCCUUGACAUCUCCUUCGCCAACUUGUCUUUAAUCAUGGAACGUGGCCGGGUUGCCGCCAAGAGAGUCUUGGUUGGUUCAGACCGUGUGCCUUCCAUCGACGAAGCCGAGAAACUGGGUUAUGAAGCAAAUAUAUUGGACCGCGUCCACAAGAUAAAGAACACACCCUCUCGUCCCAGCAAAUUUCGCAAUCCACCCUCUUUCAAGCGACCUCCUCUUGGUAAGCCUGAAAUGGCUGAUACCUCUGCAGAACGCUGGGUUGAGCAAGGUGUGGACGAAAUUCUGCACCUAAAGAUGCUCGAAAGUCUACUUGAUACGGAUGAGCCGGCCACUAUUGUGUUGGCGACUGGAGACGCAGCGAAAGCUGAGUAUUCUGCUGGAUUCAUGCGUAUGGUGGAGCGGGCGCUGCAGCGCGGCUGGAACGUCGAGCUGGUCAGCUUCUCGCGUCUUACGAGUUAUUCAUACAAGAAGAAGGAGUUCCGUAACCAAUGGGGCAGUCAUUUCCGCAUGGUGGAAUUGGAUCCUUACGUAGACGAACUUCUUGACUUUGAAUUGCUUUGA